AUGAACUCUGCCCCACUCAACAUUGUCCAAGCAGCUUCAAAUGUAAAGGCCGACAUAAACAUUCGUUUCUUACCCAUCAACAGUAACAGAACUGUCGCCAUCACAACUAUAGACUCAGAUGGUGUAUAUUUCACCCCCGGUAAAAUUAAUAUCACAUUCAACGACAAUGAACAGUGGACAGACGACAUUCUCUUCUCCACCACAGCUGUACACGAAAUAGGUCACGCCCUCGGACUAAGCCACAGUACCAUCCCAUCAGCCAUCAUGUUCGCCUACUACGACGGUCUCAUGCACCCAAUCCACCCUGACGACAAAAUGGGUAUCCACAGCAUCUACGGCUGGAAAACGCCUAAAUGGAAGCUCAUAGAUUCCGGCUCAAAAGUCAGCAGCAUGAUCCAAGUCACUUCCAGCUUCAACACGCCUGCCCCCAACGACGGCCUCUACCAGAUGCGUCCGACAGGCCAGAUCCUCCGGUACAUCAAUAACGCCUGGACAACUGUCGACAACUACAAAGAAACCGCCCAAAUAACCGGUGCAAACGGCAUCCUCUACCAACGCCACUACGACGGCGGAACCUUCCGCUGGACAGGCACAGACUCAAACUGGCAAUCCAUCAGUCCCACCGACACAUCCAUUCUCGACAUCCACGCCGCCUCCGACCAACUCUACGCCCGACGCAAAGACGGCUCCGUAGUCCGCCUCUCAGGCUCUACCUGGCUCACAAUCGACCAAACCGCACCUGGUUCGCGCCAAAUCGCCGUAUCCUACGAUAAAACGCUGUGGAACAUGCUGGCAAACGGCGACCUAGUGCGAUCGCGCUGGCCCUACACUUCCGCAGCCAUCCUCGACAGAAACGCCGCGAACAUUGGGAUUGCGGUUGGCGGCAACGAGUUUUUCAAAGUGCAGAGCGAUGGCGCGGUUGUGUGGCUCGACAAUAAAGGUCCGUAUUGGAGUCAACACUAA